GAGAAAGACAUUGAGUGUUUUCUUGCUGACACUGCAAUGGCUGCACAUGGCACGCCCCGAAACUGCGCUCUCAAAGUCGGAGCUCCUUGCAGCGUGCCGCUGCUUUCAGACUGGCCGACGUCUGGGAAAUCGAGGUAGGUCCGCAAAGGGCCAUUCGCUGAGAAUGCUGUUUGUCACCUCUAGAUAUACAACAUUGGGGACGUGUGGAAGGUUCUAUUGGGCUUUAGAGUAGUGCUUAGUCAAGUUGGCUUGUGCUUUGCCUGCAAUGGACACAUGUCAAAGUUGCAUCUUCUUCCAGAGUUCCUUGCCGCACUUUCCACCUCGCAAACAACAUGACCUGAAACAUCAAGAAGGCUAUGCCCAGAGCCGACAGCUUUCGUGCGGUGCCACUGGCGAAGUCUACUUUGGCCGGGCAGCUCCAGACUCUGCAGCCUUCGAGAUUCUGCAUGGUGGAUUUGCUCAGGCACGUCAGGUAGCUCUCAAGCAUAUGCGUAGCAUCAAUGCUGGCGUGCAACGCCAAAUACAGCAGGAGAUUUCCACUGUCUUCCGUUGCCGCGCCAAGUAUGCAGAAGAGGUACAAGACCCACAGUCACAGGGGCAUCCGAACCUUGUGGCAUACUUGGAUUGGUUCGCAGGGCCGAAUGGCCUGGACCGAGAGGUGUAUUUGGUGAUGGAGUUUUGUCCUUUCAGCUUGGCUGACAUGAUCUUCGUAGCAGGCAAUCUCCGUGGUGAUUACGAGAAGCUAUUUGUCCCGAAGCGUGGUGUAGAGCCAGGGGAGAAGAAAUCUCCGCAGUGUCAUCGCUUUCCUGAGAGUGAGGUGGUGAAAGUGCUAUGUGAUCUUCUCAAUGCGCUCAACUUUCUAAAUCGCCAGGGUUUGGCCCAUCGAGAUGUGAAGACUGAAAAUAUCCUUUGGGCAGAAGGCUGCUACAAGCUUGCAGACUUUGGCACUGCAACAAUGCUUGAGGCUGCCAUUCCACGCACAAAUGAGUGUGGAACACUUUGGAUCAUGGCACCAGAACUGCUUGGCCGAAGACCUCACGGGCUCAACUGUGAUGUUUGGUCAUUGGGAGUCGUUCUUUUUGAGGUCACCUCCUUUGGGAAGCCUUUCAACUCAAAGGAGCUUCUUGCCUACCGCAACUCCUCUGAGGCAGCCUUCCCCAGCAGCUUUUGGCCGUUCCUUUGUGCAGGACCAGUCUCCUCACCGGCAAAGACAGGGGGUAAGACGCUGCCACGACUCAAAAGUGGUCCUGAGCUUGCCAGGACCUCUUCACGAGGAGCUCGCCCUCAGCGAACCAAGUGUCGCAGUGUCACUUUGCCACCUCUUCUCAUCUCCAAAGAGGCGGAAGUGGAGCCUGACAGUCCAACGUCGCAAUCACCUGGAUGUGAGGAUCCAUUUCUUCAGCAGCGCUUUGCGUUCCUCCGAAAGCGCCUUCAGUACCGGUGGUGCUACAGCGAGGAGCUCCGAAGCCUGAUCUUUGAGGAUAUGCUGCGAGAAGAACCUGAGCUGCGUCCAAUCGCCUUGGAGCUGUGGCAGAUGCUGCAGACCAGCCGCUUUGAGACGUUGGCGCAGCAGGCAGAGGCAGUUGAACCUGCUGCGGAGGGAAACACGAAGGAGGAACUGCUCAGGUCCGUGUGCCCAACCAACAUGCUGCGGGCCAUGAAUUUGGCACCGACGCAAGGAGGCUAUUUAUCCACUGCCUCAACUAGCUGAGGGACGAGCUGUCCAAGCAACUUUUUCAAUGACAGCGAAGACUCCAGUCGAAAGCCGUCCAAAGGCUAGG